AUCGACUGUUGCUGCCAGUUUCGGCCGAGUCAGUCUCACAAAAACUGACAUUCACUGCCAAUCUGAUCGCAUCAUAUUUGGAAAUAGACGAUGCCUUGCUUUCCCUACGGUCGACAGGUCCUCUUCCCUGCAACGCUAUCGCUCUGUGCGUCGGCCUUCCUGGGAUACGCAAUUUUUGAUUGCAACUUUGUGGAGAUAUUCAAUGAGAAUGUCGGCGGUAUUUCGGUGGGCUUUUGGCAGACGGCGGACGAGCUGAAUGGAAACCUUGACAACCAUCACAAGUGCGUUGCGUGGACUGACGCGCAAGCGAGUACAUUCGACGACUCUUGGAACUUUGGUCGCUAUGGAGGCGCCCUCGCUUUCGCCUUGAGUUUGUUGGCCAACGCCUCACUCCUGAUGACCCUAUUCACGAGGCUGCCGCCAGCAUUGGAGACCAUGCUUUGCUUCCUCCAUUUCCUUGCGGGCAUCCUUGCUUCUCUCCUCUUGCUGUCGCUGAAGUCCAAAAUGUGCACCGAAUUCGAGUGCUGGCUAGACGUUGGAGGGGUCCUUUGCAUCACAGCGUCCGGUCUCUUCCUCUUUUGUGGGUGCGUGACAAUGUCGGUCGGGCAUCCUCUAGCCGACGAAGGAGGCGAUGACAAGUCUGUUGAUCCAACUGAGCCGGAUGGUGAAGAUCUGGACAACAUGGUGUAAUGAAAGGUGGAAAUAAUACUGCAUGGGGGAGCGCUAGGGGUUUACACGUGUAAUUUUUAGAACUGCUAUUAGCAGACUUU